CUUAAAAAUCAGAGCAGAAAUCAAUGAUAGCAAAAUGGUGAGCCAGCAUCAGGCUGGUGGCUGGAUGGUAUUUGAAAAUGGUAUUACAAUGCUUCAGGGUUCAGUAAACUGAGGUCAAUGAGAGAUGAUACAAGAGCUGAGAACAAAGAUGUAAAAGAAGCCAUAAGAAGGCUUCCUGAAAACCUAUAUAAUGGCAGGGUGUUUUGCAUGAAGAAAGCACUGGACCUGAUGAUGAAGCAGCAGAUCUUCCCUAAAGAGCAGUGGACAAAAUAUGAGGAGAAUAAAUUCUAUCUUGAAUCAUAUCUGAAAGAAGUCAUUUGGGAAAGAAAAGAAAGAGAAUGGGCAAAGAAAUAGUCAUGUAAUUGAAA